UGAAAGUGAUGUUACGAGUGAUACUCGGCGACACUUGGAUAGCGCGCGCCGAGCUAGUGGCAAUGAGUCGUACACCUCCGACCAUAAUCUUCAGGAGAGACCAGGAGAGCGCGGUUCUGGGAGGAUGAAGCUCACUCUGGGAGCGCUUGCCGUCUUCGUGGCCGUGGCUGGAGUCGUUAGCUUCGUGUUCCUCGUGCUGGCCAUUGGAACCGACUUCUGGUACAUCAUAGAUAUGUCCAAAUGGGAGCGCAACUCCUCUCAGCUGAGCUCACACUCGGGGCUGUGGAGGACCUGUGACGCGCACAACAAGCAGUGCUGGCCAUUCGUGAACCCAUUCGGAAAUGCGAACAACUUCACGGAAUCCCACAGGCAACUUUUAGGCAUGCACGGGACCUUUGUUGUGCUCCUCCCGCUCAGUGUCAUCGUGAUGGUCAUUGGCGGCAUGGUGGGCUUCAUAAGCAUUCUGGCUCGGGCGUAUCUGAUGCUGCUGCUGACAGGAGUCAUUCUACUGUUUGGAGCCUUGAUCACCCUUUCCGGAAUCAGCGUCUAUGUGGCUUAUUCUGCGGCGGCCUUCAAGGAGGCCUUGUACAUAUCUAGCCGUAGAACACUGGAGGACAUCAACAUCCACUUUGGCUGGUCCAUGGCAUUGGCCUGGAUUUCCUUUGUGGCUGAGCUCCUGACCGGAAUAUCAUUCCUGCUUGCAUCCAGGAUCGUAGCCGCAGUGAGGAGGCAGGACCAGGCCAUAUAAGGGUCGCGGGGAGCCGGAGCCUAAACCAGCAA